UUCGAAUUAUUACACUCACGUAUCAAACUAGACAGAACUGCUAAUAUGAGAGUACAAUAAGGCAAAGUUUUAACAGUAUUCAACUUGAUUUCAAAUAGUUGACGAUUACCUUUGUCUUUGGGGCUAUAUCCAGGUGCUCCAUGAUGCGACCAAUUAUUGUAUACGCGUUUAUUGUUUGCGUUUUGAUGGACAACUCAACAUGUGCUCCAGGUGGUUGGAAAGUGAUUCCUCUUGGUUCACCCAAAAGUUUGGACUCGAUUUAUGCAGCCGCACGAUACAUCGGUGGACAUUUCCCUGCACCAGCAUUAGCUCAACGAUGGUUCGAGCUCCAGCCUAAUUUUGAUAUAUACAAAGUGGAUUUUAUAGCUGGAUUCAGGGAUGGCAUUACACGUAAAUGUCAAACUGAUGUUCUCUGGACCUUCGAACCAUUGAAGAAAACCACGUUCAAUAUAAGAUGUAACCCUCCUUGGAGUAGCAAACUCUUGCCAUAGGUUUUAUGUAACGAGGAUAAUAAAUAAAAAUAGUGCCCGAA